CCAUACCGACAUCACAUUUACCAACCGAUUCAACACAAAUUCGGUUACAUACCGUCCUCCCUACUCUUCAUAUCAUUUACCGUAAUAUCGCGAUCUAAGCCGUCGCCGCCGAAGAACCUAUCAAGCGCAUCAUGGCCGACAAACUCCGCGCCCAGCAACAACUCGAGCAACUCCAAGCCCGCUACGUCGGCACCGGCCAUGCCGACACAACGAAAUUCGAAUGGACCUCCAACAUCGCGCGCGACACCUACGCAAGCUACGUCGGGCAUCCGCCGCUGCUUCAGUACCUCUCCAUUGGCAUGGGAGAGCCGCGGGAGAAGGUUAGGGCGAUGAUGAUCGAGAAAAUGAUCCAGCCGGUGGGGAAGCCGCCGGAGGUGCAGGAUUGAGAGAGUUGGGUGCCGUUGGAAACGAACUUGGUUGAAGAGACUAUCACGCGAAGAAUGAGGGUAGAGAGACGGUUUUCUGCCUUGCAGGAACGGAUGGGGAGGAAUGGUGAUGGGGAGGAAGAGGAACUGCCGGACAUCAAGGCGAAUGCGAACGAGUCUCCAACUACACUCACGGCGCGCUACUUAAUCGGCUCGGUGUGCGGAGACUACCCAGGACAUGACAGCAUAUGCGCAUGACUUCUAAGGUCACCUCGUGGACUUAACAGUCAACUCAUAUACCACGACCAGAUUAGGUCCGCCUGCGUAUACCAUAUACUGAUCUAUGACAUUGAAACUACGCCG